GACGUAUACGUCACUUCCGCGAAGAGUCAUCGAUACUGCUACGAAGAAAAGCAGCGUGACCUACGAAGUGCACUUGAUGGAAGAAGUCUUCAAACUUGAUUCGAAAUGGCAUUCCAAGAUCACGCGUAUACGAGUACCACAUAUGAUACAGUUAACCCCGUGGAGACGAUUUAUAAUUGGAGCCUGAAAGAAGCAGAAGAGCUUGUGAAGCUAAGGAUGUCAAAUAAUUACCUCUUUUCUGGGAAAAGAAAUACUUCCGCGUGGGCAUGGAUGGCCAUCCUCAGACAUAUGGGCUUGCAAUACAAACUGAACCACCAUCAAGCCAAAAAAAAAUGGCAAAACCUAAGGCAACGAUACAAGGAGCUCAAGGACAAAAGCCAUUGUUAUAUGUGGCCUCUCUUCAAUUUGAUGGAUGAUGCCAUGGAGGGUCGGCUGGAAGGCAGUGCCCCCGUUUUGGGAAUCUGCGCUGAAGAUAAAUUGUGUAUUUCGCCCAGAGGUAAGAAGAGAAAGAGAACCCCAGUGAGCAUCUCACCGGCUCAAGUCACGAACAUUGACCCGGAAAUUGAGGUGACAUUGAAUGGAGAUAGUGGAACAGGAGAGGAGGAGGAUGGUGGUGAUGAGGAUGGGAUGGAAGACAGCCAGGAGUUCAUGUCACAAGACGAGGCAACGGAGAGGGAAAAGCGAUUCAUUGAGCUGGAGCGCAUGGCUCUGCAACGAGACAGGGCAUUGCUGGAGCGGGAGAUUGCCAUUGUGGACCGGGACCGAGCCCUGAUGGAGCGUGAGAGGCUGCUGAUAGAGCGGGAGAAAGAGAUGGUGGCCAAGGACCGAGAUGCCAUCAAUAGGGAGCGGCAGGCGCUGGAGAGACAGAAAGCCCUGUCGGAACCCCCCACCUCCCGGAAGACCACCAGAGACAAUGACUCAAUGGAGAGGACGGAACGCUUUCUGGAUUUAUUCGAAAAACUAAUUGAUAGUUUUUGAUUGGGAUGAAACCGUGGUCCUUUUGGCCCCAAAAUGACAUCUUUUUAAAAUCAAAAGCAGGGACUUCUUUUUAAAAAAAUGUUUUUUAAACAAUCAUGAAUAAUUACAUUAAAAACAAGCUUUUUGUUUUGCAAGAGGUCUGCAAAAGAAUUUUAUUUACUCAUGUGGUUAUACUAUACAGAGCACACAGGAGCAAGCAGUUAGCAUUGUUAUUCGCCACAAUGCUCCUUCCAGUUCAUGAACAAUAGUCUUUGGAAUAAGCUAUUGUGCACAAAAAUCUUGACUGAAUUUACUGUAUAUUUUUAUAUUCGGGGAUGAGAAUUUUCAGACCAAAAUGACCAUGGACCUCUUGGAGAUCUCCAGGUCGUGCGGUGCAUUAUGGGUCACGUGCUUUGCCCCAGUGCCUGUCAAUUUGAAUGCCGAUAACAUUAACUAUGGAAAUGAAUCGCACGGCGGCCGUAGUUUCAUGAGUGAAAUGAGUUUUAAAUGACAAGGUUUAAUUUUUUUUAAUUAGAAAGACAUCUACUUCGCAUUGGUUGAAAUGUCCAAAUCGUAGCUUUCUACAUUGACCCCAUUCAAAAUUUGUAGCGGGAGAAAAUCCCUUACACCAUAAUGCACCGCGCGCCCCGGACAUCGGUGGGUGGAAAGUUUGACGUCCGUAGUUUUUAUUUUUUCAUUUUCCGUCGUGAGAGGUGAGUGGCUCUGACAUUUAAAGUGUGGUGUUCAUUUAUUGGUUACGUUUAAUUCCCGCCGCUGCUAUCACCGAUGAACGGACGCUCACGUUAGUUUUAGCUAGCGCUAAAUUGUCGUAGCCCAGAUUGUCAUCCGUGCCUCAGUUUACCUCAAUUAAUGUGCCGUUUAUUUAUUUGGUCUAUGUGAUAAGAACAUGAGCAUCCAAGUUGGGAGGACGCCCCCCCCCCAUCGACUUGGCCUGUUUCGCUCCAUACAAAGACAAUUAUGUUUUUCAGACUAUUUUCUCAAUUGUCAUUCGCAUCCCUGUAUAUUAGAAUACAGACU